GCUACAAACCGUAACGGCUCGGAGUCCAUAAGCGAAAUUCGAAAUGAAAAAGUAAAAGGGCAAAACCGAACAAGAAAUUCAAUCAAAAAAGUGAUAAACAUGCGUAUAAUGGUGCAUUGAGAUAAACAAAACUACGAUUAUAUUACACAUGAUUAAGAAAUUAAAAAGAGGAAAAUCUUAAGAAUUUAUAAAAUAAAUAUAUGUAGAUAUAUGAAAAAUGUGAUUCAAUGGGAAUCUAAGAAAUUCUAGUGCAGUUGCCAGACAACAAACAAAAGUUAUUGUGUUUAUCUCAUAUAUAUCUCUACUGCGUCUGCGGCGAGUCGUGUUUAGUCCAUCCAGUCAUCCACAACCCAUCGACCGACCUGCAUUGUGAUCCAAUUCACUGCAGUUUCGAGCCGUUCUUAUCACCAUUACAAUGGGUCGCUUUUGCAAUCAUAAACUAUUGCUCAAUUGUUGUAAUUUGUUAUUUUUAGUAUGUGGCACCAUUCUUAUUGUAGCUGGCUUUUAUCUAUUCACCGAUACCAAACGAAUACUGCUGUCCCGUCUGCUGGCAGCCACCAGCGAAAAUCUCAAUGAUUUGCCUCAGCCUUUAUUUUAUUACAUUUCCAUAGGCUUGGCGGUAGCCGGCCUUAUAGCUGUUCUAGCCGCAAUGAUGGGUUUCUGGGCUUCCUGUCUCAACACCUACUGCUGCCUGAGUUUUUAUUUCCUAACGGUGGUGGUGCUGCUGUUGGCUGAGUCCAUUGUUUGUUUAGCUAUUACCCUGUGGCCCCAUUGCCUGGGCAUUAGUUUGGAUGAGACGAAAAUGGUCAAGGCAUUGCAAGGCAAUUAUGGUGUACCGGGCAGAGAACAAUUCACCAUAGCCAUGGAUCUGGCCCAGGCCAAAUUCGGUUGUUGUGGCAUGAACAGUGACAUCAACUAUGACACCUCCUUGUGGAAAAUUCAACCUUAUGGUCCCCGCGACCGAGUGGUGCCGUUGACCUGCUGCAUUCUGGAUAACCCCUCGGAUAAGAAAUCCCAUUUGGAUCCCAAACCGGCAAAUGAAACCAUGUGCCAGUCGCUGGAGAAAAAGGACUAUACACAAUUUCGUUUCUCUUCGCCCUGCCUAAGUUAUCUGGACAAUUGGUAUCGCCAGCAAUAUGUGAUAUUUCUGGCGGCCAGCCUUAUCAUAGCGGUGGUGGAAUUUUGUGUAUUGCUAAGCAUAACCUUGGCGUGUACGAAAAUUUCCACCAAAAAAGUUCAAGUGCAAAGCUUUAUGGAAUUGCGUCCCAGAAUUAAAUUGCGCCAACGUGAGGACAAUGUCUAUGAACCGGAGGUGGAAUUGCGCUUGGCCGAGGAUUCCCGGGGUGCUGUCAUCCAUGGGGUGCCCAGCGACAUAUCGGAAGACUUUAAAGAGGUCUAUAUACAACCGCGAGAUCUGUAUAAGAAUCGUUACAACACCACUUUCAAACCGGUGUCCAGUGAUUAUAGUGUUCCCACUACAAGAAGUUAUUUAGUUUAAUUGUCCUGCCACCCCACUCACACUCUUCCUUAGUAUUGAAUUAAGUUUUCCAUUCUAUAGAAGAACUGAUGGACAAGUAUUUGAAAUUAUAUAUAAAUUAUUUUAAUGUUAGUGUGUGUCUGUGCAUUUUUUUAUAUAUAAAAUAUUUAAUUAAAUAAUUUUUAGUUUUUGUAAACCAAGAAUGCGAACAUAAUAAAAACGAAACCAAAGAAGAAAU